UCCAUGAGAUCAAGAAUGCCAUCAAAACAGAUCUCCUGAAGAGGUACAGCAGUGAGGCAGAGAAGAAUAUACUUUAUACAGCCUCUGCCCUGGAUCCUCGUUUUAAGGGACUGCCUUUUAUUCUCACAGAGGAGGAGAGAUUGGAGAUAUACAGAGGAGUGACUGAGGAGGCUGCAUCCUUGGAGAUUGAGUGUGCUAGUACAGUUACAUCUAGGAGGACAAACGUGGAUGAAGUGCCACUGCCUGAGGGAAAAGAAAAUCUGGAAGAAGAAUCACCCAUCGAGGAGGAUAACCCUUCUCCUCCCAAAAGAAAGUCCACAUUGCUGCUCAUGACUUUACUGGGACAGUCUUUCACUGACACUGAAGGUACAAUAGAACCCAAGACUCCCUAUGCCAAGGCUGAAGAGGAAAUAGAGAAAUAUUGUAAAGCCCCAUCUCUGCCUCUCACUGAAGACCCUUUGAAAUGGUGGCAUGUACAUGAGGUCAUAUUUCCCCUCCUCUCUCAUUUGUCAAAGCGAUACUUGUGUAUCCCAGGUACAAGCGUGUCUGCAGAGCGGGUUUUCUCCACUGCAGGAGAUGUGGUAACGGCAAAAAGAAGCACCCUCAAACCAGAGCAUGUGGAUCAACUAGUGUUCUUACAGAAAAACCUACAUAUUCCAUAAUUCUGAGUAGUGAUUCAGGUUUAUAAUAUUAAUAUUUAAUGUUUUUUGGCACAUCCAGAAGAAUGUGCUGUGUGCCCCACUGCCCAGUGCAGACUACUGUUAAGUUAUUUUAUAUUUGUUACUGUUAUAUAGCUUAUAGCUUUUUGAAAAAUGAAGCUUAAAACCUUGAGUAAAUCUUUGUUGGAUCACAAAAUAUACUAGUACACUACACGACACGACCGACCACGUCACUCACUGUCACAGUCACACACACACACAAACAAUACAAAAGAAACAACACACAACUGCACACACCUCAUGUGUGCGUGUCAGUGUCACCCUUCACCAUGAUUCACUCUUUUUAUGAUGUGUGGUUUUUUUGGUAUUGUUUGACUGUGUGUGACUGUGACUGUGUGUGUGUUGUGUAACAAUAUAUUUGUGAUCCCAUAAAGAUAAUCAA